AUGGAAAAAGUGCAGUUAAUCCGAAAAAAGAUGAAGGCUUUGCAGACCAUACAGAAGAGUUACUAUGACAAGAGAAGGAAAAAUUUGGAAUUUCAAGCAAGAGACCAUGUAUUCUUAAGAGUCACGUCGGUGACCGGCGUUGGACGCGCAUUGAAGUCGAAGAAGCUCACUCCUCGGUUUAUUGGUCUGUAUCAAAUUUCAGACAGAGUUGGAAAAGUUACUUACAGGGUGGCCUUACCACUUAUUAUUGCGGAUUUGCAUGAUGUAAUUCAAGUGUCACAACUCCGGAAGUAUAUUUCACAUCCAUCACAUGUGAUUCAUAUGGAUAAUGUGCAAGUACGGGAUAAUCUGACUAUGGAAACAAUGUCCAUACGAAUAAAAUGUCGUGAGAUGAAAACACUAAGAGGCAAAGAAAUUGCUUUGGUGAAAGUAGUUUGGACAAAAGAUGUCGGAGAAAGCACUACGUGGGAAUUAGAGAGCAAGAUGCGGGAGUCUUAUCCCGAGUUAUUUGCAUGA